CCACGACCAUUCCAGCCUGAUUACCUCAGCUAUCUGCAGCCACCAUUGCCAUUUUGGUUUGAUUUGCUACAUUUUUAUUUAUUUAAUUAGCGACAGCUUAGCUCUUAAACGGCAGGUAGACCUUGCACUGUAGAUGUUGGUACAGGCCUGAAAGCAGUUGCGUGACAGGCCCAGCGCGGGGAUCCACUGACGACGAUUCGCUUGUAGACUAAAUUCUGGACGGGCUGCUCAAUUCCAACGCGACACCGGCAAGCAACCUCCCAGGCAUACGAAACCAAUCAAUCUACAGUGGACGCACUGCGACUCGACGCAAUGUCCAGCGACGAUGAAUAUGUCGUAGACGAGCCAGAUUUGGCACAUGAUGACCCCAUGCGACAGUUCCUACCGACAUCCUUUGGCAAGAAGUCCAAAGAAGCCGACAUUGCUGCUCAAUUCGAACGCAGCCGGCGAAUCGUUGAAAAAGCAGAAGACUCGAAAGAUACCAAAAAAGCCCAAAAAGACGAUAGCGAUAGCGACGAUUCUGAUUCCGACUCCGAGUCGGACGACGAAGACAAAUACCCUGUUUCGCACGAGCUCAUCUUGAAAACACACUCGAAAGCGGUCACCUCCGUUUCGCUAGACCCAGCAGGAGGCCGGUUAGCUACAGGGUCUCUAGAUGGAGUGGUAAAUCUGCAUGACUUUUCUUCCAUGACCCCAUCUACGCUUCGAGCAUUUAAAACUGUCGACCCAUUCGAGACUAAGCCAUCGGCAGCGUCCGCCGAGAGCCACCCUAUUCACCAUGUCGAGUUCAACCCUCAUGCCGGAGGCGUGCUUCUCUGUGUAUCCGCACAUCCACAGGCGAAAAUUCUGUCGCGAGACGGAGCUAUACUCACGGAAUUUGUCAAGGGUGACAUGUACCUGCGUGACAUGCACAAUACCAAAGGCCACAUCUCAGAGGUCACCACGGGCACAUGGCAUCCUUCUGAUAAGAAUAUAUGUGUAACCGCGGGUACUGAUAGUACGCUGAGAAUAUGGGACAUUAAUAACAAGCGGUCACAAAAGGAGGUUAUUGCAUUCAAAUCCAAGGCUGCUGGCUCAGCCGGCAGGACCAAGAUGACAGCGGUUGCUUGGGGCAGCCCAGCCCAAGGCGGCAAUAACAUUCUCAUUGGCGCCGCGUUAGAUGGAACGCUUGUCAUGUAUAGCGGUAAUGGCCCGUUCACGCGGCCAGCGGCAGAGAUCUUAAACGCCCAUACACCUAAUACCUGGACUGGCGGUGUUGAUAUUUCUGGUGAUGGUCGCAUGGUGGUUAGCCGCGGAGGUGAUAAUCUAAUCAAGCUUUGGGAUACUCGAAAGUUUACCAAACCGCUCGUUAGCAUAUCGCACCCUUCCACAUCGGACCACUACCCAUCCAGCAGUAUCCGAUAUUCACCAGAUUCAACAAGCAUCAUUACCGGCUCGCCAUCUGGACAUUUGCACAUUCUCAACCCCGGCAAUCUUCGUCCCGAGCAUGUCACACCGAUAACGCCGGGAUCACCACUUAUUACUGUUGCAUGGCACCCAAAGAUCAACCAGAUUGUCACCGGCUCUGCAAACGCAGAGACCCGUGUUCUUUACAACCCGGCCAAGUCGCUGAGAGGCGCGGUAGAAGUCAUAUCUAGGGCUCCCAAGACUCGUCAUAUCGAUGACGACCCGGCAUUGACAAUGGACCAGUCGGUUGGCAUCUCAGGCGAUGCGAUUAUCACGCCCGGUGCUCUAGGACGUGCAUCCAAGGCUGGCGUAACUGGAACGGGACGCUCCAAGGACCCUCGACGACCACAAGUGCCACAGACGACGCCGUUUCAGCGGUCACAACCAGACGAGAAGCAUAUUGUCGAGAAUAUUCCACUCGCAAGAAUGCUUCACGAAGACCCUCGAGAGGCACUACUCAAGUAUGCAGACCAGGCGAAAAACGAUCCCAUGUUUACAAAGGCAUGGAAUAAGACGCAGCCUGAGACUCAGUAUGCUGAGCUGAGUGAUGAAGAGGAAGAUGGGCCGGAUAAGAAGCGCGCGCGCCGAUGAGAGUGAUGUAGUUGAGAGGUUGACUUACACGAGGUUUCUCAGCGCUGUACGUAGAUCCGUCUUGGCGCUGUAAAGUUACUGUUGGUGCUGGCCUUGUUGGAGGCGGAAAGUGAUUGCAAUAUAAUCACGCUACUGGGGAUGUACAGUGGAAAAAUAGGCAUUAUGGAGACAGUCUAUGUACUGACUAUAUUUGUAAAUAUAUAACUAUAAUUUUCGGUCUCUUCAAAGUUCAGGCAUUUGGCAUUCAGCAAAGUCAAUUCACUGUGGCAAAG